ACAGUAAGGAGGCCGGGCCUUUUGCAGUUUUCAUUGUGGUCCGCUCUCUGCUUACUUAACAGAACAGUCCCUUGCGUGUUUUUUGCUUUCGGUGGCUGUUUUGUUACUGGGAAGAUGUCUGGUCGUGGCAAAGGCGGGAAGGGCUUGGGGAAAGGAGGCGCCAAGAGGCACCGCAAAGUGCUCCGGGAUAAUAUCCAAGGAAUCACCAAGCCGGCCAUCCGCCGCCUUGCUCGGCGCGGAGGAGUGAAGCGUAUCUCCGGCCUCAUCUACGAGGAGACCCGCGGGGUGCUGAAGGUCUUCCUGGAGAACGUGAUCCGCGAUGCUGUGACUUACACCGAGCACGCCAAGAGGAAGACGGUCACUGCCAUGGACGUCGUCUACGCUCUGAAGCGCCAGGGCCGCACUCUCUACGGCUUCGGCGGCUAAGAGGCGCUUCCGAAUCCUGCCAUUUUCCAACAACACCAAAGGUCCUUUUCAGGACCAC